CUAAGCGAUUGCGGAGGUACAACCUUUUAUAACCGCGCAGCAUCUCUAUAGAUCUUAUUUAAUAACAAGAACUUUAUGCGACACUAACGUAUUAAUGAUAUACAUUUUCCCUACAUUACUCUUCACAAAGAGUGACAAUAAACCAAUAUAAAUAUUGGACCACGAAAGAAUAAAACAAUCACAACAACGCUUAAACACCAGUCUACGAUAUCGCUGACUGCAACAGAUAAGAUUGCGGAAUGUUAUUACGCAGAUGGGUUCACGAUUGAGCAUCGUGAUAAUCAACUCCUUAGUUUGCUCGAUCGUUAGAUAGGAUAAUCGCUAAACAAACCUUUACUUUUCGCUUGACACAAAGGGAAUUCAUAUUCGCUUAAGCUCACCAGUGAGCGUCUGAUUCCAGUCACACGUCCCAUCCAAUUGAAACUAGUUAACAAUCUAAUCUACCGGAGUACUUCCUAAGAGCUUGCACACGCGUUUGCAUAUCAAUUGGUGUGUUCGCGUGCCAGUCGAGUACAAGGUGCUGCUUAUCAUUCUUUAAACUCGAUGACAGCGAUGACUUGCUUUAUGUCUCGGAGGCUGUUUGGUUUGCACGGACUCGACUACCGGGGCUGUCCAUGCGCCGCUUAUUCUGCGCCAUCGGUAUGGUAUAUAAAUUAGCAACUGCUCUGGCAGCGGACCGUCAGUUCGUAGAUGCACUCCGUUCGGUUGAAGUCGUUCAACGCGCCCGUGAAAAAGCGAGGAAUAUGGCGGAAUCUGUGGUAAAUGGUACCGUUACGUCGUGCUCGGAUGCGCUGGUUGCGCCAGAUUAUUUGGAUGAACAGUUGCUACUGAAAACGCUCGCCAGUGGACUGCAGGUGCCGAGGGCAAAGAUAGUAAGCAAGCAAAUCACGCGUGCCACGGCGAACGGCGAUAACUACAUGAGUGACGUGUUCCGGAUCGUGGUACACUUUAUCAACGAGGAUGACCUGCCAGGAUCAGAUGGUCCGCAAACCGUGUCGCUCGUCGUGAAAUGUCUGCCAAACAGCGGCGAACGAGGCCCGGUAAUCGAUGAGAUGCGUGCGUUCGAGAAGGAAGUGGCCAUGUUCCAGCAAAUCGUACCGAAGCUGUCGGCCAUGGUGGAUGGAGGGGAAAUGUUUGCCGCCAAAUGCUACUACGCCACGACCACGCCGGAGCGGAUGAUCUUGUUCGAGGAUCUGAAAACGCUUGGCUUUGUGACGGCCAAUCGGCAUGCCGGGCUCGACUAUGAGCAUUGCGAGCUGGUGAUGCGCAAAAUCGGCCAAUUCCAUGCUGCCUCGAUGCGGUUCGCUGAUCAGCAACCGGAGCUGCUGCGGGAAAAGUUCCACUUUAGCCUCUUCAAUCCAAGCUAUGAGACCCCUUCCGGCCACAUCGAGAAGCUGUUCCAAAAUGGCUUGAUGUCACUGAUACAGGUCGCCAAAACACAGUGGCAGGAUUUUGAUCAGACAAUCGUCGCUAAACUGGAGCGACUGGCACCGGUUUAUGUGGACAAGCUGCGCCACUGCUUGGAGCAGGACAGUGAAGCGGACGGUGGCUACCGGGUGCUCAACCAUGGUGAUCUCUGGUCCAACAAUAUGCUCUUCCGGUACGAUGGUACCUCGGCGAAGGUACAGGAUGUGGUGUUUGUAGACUUGCAAAUCAGUUUCUACUCCAGCCCCGGUGUGGACCUGAACUAUGCGCUCUCGAACUGUCCCAACUAUGAAACGCGCGCCCGGCUCGAUGAGCUGAUUGCCGUCUAUUACCGCUCGUUCAGCAGUACAUUGCAGCAGCUCCAGUAUCGCUCGAUACCAUCAUUCGAGCAGGUUAAGCGUGAAAUUCGCCGUCUGGAGUUCUUCUCACUCGUUUGCAUCAUCUCGAUACUGCCGAUCGUGCUAAUGGACAAAACCGAUGAGCUAGUGGCCGAUUUCGACAGUCUGGUCGAUGAUAUUAAAUCACAAAAGGCUCGCGAAGUUCAGUACAACGGUGCCAACUAUAAGCGCAUCGUGCGACCGAUGUUGGAAGAAUUCGAACGGCGGCAACUGUUGGAUAUCUAGCCAAAAACGAUGAACAACCUCACGAAUAAAGUAUGCGAUCACACU